CUUUGAUCUGACAAUGAUGAUAUGUCUGCUGCGUAAUCUAGGAGGUCUUAUAACACCCUCUAAUGGAUGGGACCAACUUCCGCUUCAGAAUGAUACGUUACCGGGAGCGGACUUGGCUACACUGAAGUGGUACAGAAAUCAGAUGGCCCAUGCGCCAGUUACUUCUAUGGAUAAUAAUGCAUUCACAGACGAAUGGACUCGAGUGAAAAAGGCAUUGACAUCUUUAAAUAAAGGUCAAAUACCACAUGAGAUCACUGAAAUCUUACAUUAUGAUCUUGAUGGAGAAAAGGCAAAAACAUUAGCCAUCGCAGAACAAAGGCAACUUACCAAAGAGUAGGAAAAGGAAAAGGAACAGAUAGAAAGUGAUUUCUCGU